GUGCCUUCAUAAAAUGCCCGUCGAGAAUCCCCUCUUUUUUCGCCCCGCUCCCAAGAUGGCGUCGAUGCGGGAGAGCGACACCGGCCUGUGGCUGCACAACAAACUGGGCUCCACGGACGAGCUGUGGGCGCCGCCGAGCAUCGCCUCGCUGCUCACGGCCUCGGUCAUCGACAACAUCCGACUCUGUUUCCACGGCCUUUCCUCGGCCGUCAAGCUCAAGCUGCUCCUGGGGAUGCUGCACCUGCCCCGCCGGGCGGUGGAUGAGAUGAAAGGGGCACUGACUGAAAUUAUCCAGCUCGCUACCUUGGAUUCAGACCCCUGGGUCUUAAUGGUAGCUGAUAUUUUAAAAUCCUUUCCAGAUACUGGCUCCCUUAACCUUGAUCUUGAAGAACAGAAUCCCAAUGUUCAAGAUAUUUUAGGAGAACUUAGAGAGAAAGUAAGUGAAUGUGAAACUUCAGCUAUGUUGCCGUUGGAAUGCCAAUACUUAAACAAAAAUGCCUUGACAACACUAGCUGGGCCCCUUACUCCCCCAGUGAAACAUUUCCAGCUGAAAAGGAAACCUAAAAGUGCCACUCUCAGAGCUGAACUCUUGCAGAAGUCAACAGAAACUGCGCAGCAGCUCAAGAAGACUGCAGGAGUGCCUUUCCAUGCCAAAGGCAGGGGUCUGGUCAAGAAGAUAGAUACAACAACACCACUCAAAGGAAUACCAAAACAAGCUCCAUUCAGGAGUACUUCAGCUCCCAGUGUUUUUAGUCCUUCUGGAAACAGAACUCCCAUUCCUCCUUCAAGGACACCUUUGCGCAAAGAAAGAGGAGUGAAGCUUCUAGAUAUCUCUGAGCUGGAUAUGGUAGGUGCUGGUCGUGAAGCAAAGAGAAGAAGAAAGACAUUAGAUACAGAAGUUGUGGAAAAGCAAGCCAAAGAAGAAACAGUAGUAGAAAAUGCUACCCCAGAUUAUGCUGCUGGCCUUGUAUCUACACAGAAACUUGGCUCGUUGAACAAUGAGCCUGCACUACCUUCUACGAGUUAUUUACCUGCUACCCCCAGUGUGGUGCCGUCUUCCUCCUAUAUCCCAAGCUCUGAAACACAGCCAGCUGGCUCUGCACGAGAGGCCUUGCAGACCAACAGACAGACUGAAGAACCUGCAGCUCCAAAUGCUACCACAACUCUUCCUGCGCAGUUCAAACAAAGAACCCCCAUGUACAACAGCAACUCCAAUCCCCCUGCAGCUACACCUACCUCACCCCUGACACCCAGCACACCUCCUGCCAUCUCCCCGGCGGCACAGGCACCACAAGUGGCCCCCCAAACUCAGCAACAGCCACCACCGAAGAAAAGCCUCUCUCUCACAAGAGAGCAAAUGUAUGCUGCACAGGAAAUGUUCAAGACUGCAAACAAAGUUACAAGGCCAGAAAAGGCUCUUAUACUUGGAUUCAUGGCAGGAUCCAGAGAGAAUCCUUGCCAAGAACAAGGUGACAUCAUCCAAAUUAAACUUAGUGAACAUACAGAAGAUUUACCAAAGGCAGAUGGCACGGGCAGCACCACUAUGUUGGUUGACACAGUCUUUGAAAUGAACUAUGCUACUGGUGAAUGGACCAGAUUCAAGAAGUACAAACCUAUAACUAAUGUUUCCUAAGAGAUGCAGCAGCAGCAGACUGGACCAAAUCAAGUUUAGAGUCAGCCAGCUCAUAGAGUAUGUCAACUGUACAAAAUGGCAUUCAUGUGUACAUUUCUUAUUACCCUCCAGAGUAGAAGCUGUGCUCUUCAACCAAACUGAGCUCAGUGAACACAGAUGUGUUUGAUGGUGUCAAACUCACUUAAUUUCUUUUUUUAUUAAUCUUGGGAGAGGGAAAGAUGAUCUUGGGGGAGGGGGGGACAUUGUUGGUGUGUUUUUGUUCAGGAUGCUGAAAAAGGAGAUCACAGCUGAAAGGUUACAGAUGGGAGCAGCUUACUGCUAAGUACCAGAAGAGAAGACUACUGCGCAGUCACUCACGGUUUACUGUUAACUGAGGGCACAGAUCUUUAUUAUAAAAACAUUUUCCUUGGCAACAUGAGUUCUGUCGUAAGAAUGGAUGUAUGAAGCACU